AUGCCUCCGAAAUCUACUGACGCAGCGGUGGCGGCGGCGACAAAGGACACGAACUUCUUGGCCACUUGUUUCAUGAACAUGAAAACAAAGCCAGUGGUCGACAAUGCUGCCGUGGCGGCGCAGCUUUCGAUGUCUGUUGGUGGUGUAGCUAACAAGCUUCGUCCUAUAAUCAAAGCUAUGGAAGAUGCCGGAGCUCUCUGGACCACCGAUCAGCCACCCACAGCAAAUCGUGCUCGCGGUGGUGGUGCAAAAGCAACAACCAAGAAAGUCGAGACUGAGGCCAAAAAGGACGAUGGAACCGAGAACGAGGACGCAACAGCACCAGUCACACCAAAACCAAAAGCCAGGAGUCCGAAGAAGACACCUGCCAAAACUCCUAGUUCUUCUGCCAAGCGCGGUCGUAAGGGAGGAGACUCCGACAUAGAUGGCGAGGGUCCAGUGGAGGAAGAAUCAAUUACCAGGAAGAAGGCAAAGGUCGCUCCAGGCCCGAUCACGGAAGAAGUUGAGAUCAAAGAAAACAUCAAGAAGGAAGCCGACGGCAGCAGUGCUGAGUACGGGGAGUAA